AACGCAAAGAAUAUAUGUGAGGCGUUGGAAGAUUUGCAUCGAUACAUGGAUGAAAUACGCAAUUGUCGCAGUCCAGUUGACCUCUUUGACAAGGUGUGGGGUGUUAAGAAGUUUUUGCAUCGCAAUGCUGAUUUUUAUUUCUGGGGGGAUAAAACAAUUUUCAAAGAGCUGGAGAAAAUGCAAAACAAGUUCAAGGAAGAUUGGAAACUUUGUUGCUUAAAUAUCUGCAUGCCUAUGAUCAUGGAUCCAUCUUUCCGUUUCAGCCGCAUCAAGUCCUGUCUUUGGUUUGAUGCGGGCAAUUAUCAUUUGAUGAAGCGGAAGUUUGACGAUGAUAUAGAAGAUUAUAUUGAAGAAGUGCAUGACAUAUUGCUCGACCUCUUCUCUGAAUAUUCUGAUCAGGUGGAAGACACAAGCUGCACUUCUGGAGCAAAAACUAGAAAAAAGGCUGUUGUGACGGGACAUGAUACACUGAUGUACUAUUAUCACACCGAUGAAUAUCCGUUCAGUGAGCGUCCUAUGGCAGAACUUGAUCAGUACUUACAAGAGCCAGGUCUCUCUACAGGUGAAUCCAGUGUUCUCCAAUGGUGGAAAGAACAUGAUCUGACCUAUCCUACAAUUGCUCGGAUGGCACGUGAUAUAUUGGCGAUACCACUCAUUUCUGACUACAGUGUAGCGACAAGGACUGCAAGGCGCGCAUUUUGCGAGUCUGGUGUAGGCUGGAUUGAACGGCUUGUGUGUGUUCAGGACUGGCUCAGAUCAGACGGUUCCGCAAACAAUUGAAUGAUUCAGUCUUGAUGGUGUUCCAUACAUGAUUCUAAGCUGAGAUGUUGUGCAGAAUAGAUCGUCUGCUUAGAUAGUUUUCUGGGCAAUAUGCUUAG